AUGCACUGCUUUUACCUAGUAACCUCACCUCUCAAGAUAUUAUUGAAGUCUCAAAUUUACCAGUACAAUAUCAUUAAACCAUUUCACCAAGACAUUAAAGAUGAGUACGUCCGCUUUGAGGGGCCCAAGAUGAAAAUAGCCCCUAUUCCAAAUGGUGUAAAAUAUAGGUCAUUACCGCAGAUAACGCUAGGACAUAAUUUAAUGAGCUAUUGUGCCGAAAGUGAAGCGCAUCUCUCAUUCUUGGAGGCUUUUCUCGAAAAAAAUACUCGCCGCAGAAGUAGUAAAGAAAUUAGCCCCACGGAAACAGACUAUAAUGCUUACUCAAACUGUAUCAUGAGCAUUAAUGAUAAAAAUUCCGGAAUUACUCAAAUCUACAUCUCGAGGAUCAGGAAAAAUAAGUUGCCAAAUUGUACAGUUAAGGUUCUUAUGAAAGCUAUCUCGUAUCGUUACGCAAGAGUCUAUGGAAAUCAUAAAGGUUAUAGUCACCAAGGACUAGCCAGAAUUGCCCUUUUGGGAGACGUUCAAGUUUCAGCGUCUGAGAUGUUAGACUCGCUCCAUCCCUUAUUAUCCAUGGUUGGAGAGCAAAGAGUUGUCAGUCUAGUCUAUGUUGCCGGAUUCCUCAAGCUCCUAUUUAGUUUAGGACAGGAUGAUGAAUAUAUCAUCUCACCGCGUCUGGGUGAUCCACCUAAUCGUCACAUUCAUAAAUUUUUGUAUGAUUUCGAUCAACAUACAAAAGUCGCUCCCAAACCUAACUUGAAGUCAGCCUACAUUCUCUGA